AUGAGCAAGGCCCACCCUUCCAAGCUGAAGAAAUUUGUGGACAAGAAGUUAUCAUUGAAGUUAAAUAGUGGCCGACAUGUACAAGGAAUACUAUGGGGCUUUGAUCCUUUUAUGAAUCUUGUGAUUGAUGAGUGUGUGGAAAUGGCAACUAGUGGGCAACAGAAUAACAUCGGCAUGGUAGUCAUACGAGGAUACAGCAUCAUCAUGUUAGAAGCCUUGGAAAGACUCUAAACAA